AUGAUAUCCUUCCGGCACAUAGUCGACGAUCUGCGCUCGUGUUGGUACGAUACCAGGAUCGAUGCCGAGAGGCGGAUACCAGGUCCCAUAAAAGGCGUUCGUGUAAACUGUCUCGGCGACACUGUCAUCAGCAAGCGACCAGAAUACGAACCGAUCAAUACACUCCACCACACCUUCUUCGACACUGAUCGCAUCUUCAAGAUCCCUGUAGGCGAGAAGAUCGGUAUCCCAUUAGAGGUACACCUAAUCGAGCCUGCUGUACCGUGGAGGAAUCGUCGUCUUUAUGGUGACACGAUUAUCCCCUUUUCACUCAAUUUCGACGCGCGGGUACUCAACCCGGCGCAGUGGCGGAUGAUAACAGGCUCGAUUAUGAUCAUUCGCAGAGACCUCAAGCCGCUUCAUUGCGCCCAUAUAGACGCACUGCGCGAGUACUGUGUCCGCGAAAGCUUCAGUGCCGCACAACUAUCCGAUCUGCCCGGAGGACCUCAUGGCCCUAAUCAAGACUUGACUCCAUUUAUCGACAUCGUUCAGCAAGCAAGUUCACAGCAAUUGCUGUCUCGUGCGUCGAAGCAGGGCUUUUCAGACUUCUACCUCAACUUCAUGCAUAACGGUGGACACGCGAAGGACCUGGGUUAG